CAGGUAACUUGGCUCUAAUCCUGCUGCACAGACGUGCUCAGAGCAGGGACAGCUUUGCGGAUGACACGUACAGAAGGAGCAGGGAGGCUCUGGGCAGGGUUGAGGGCCGGUGGGGUAGAGCACGGUGUAAGCAGCUGGGCUGGCUCAGUAAGGUGCAGCUUAGUCACUUCCUUUGGGAAUUAUGUAGGAUACACCUAUCUCCUGUGUGGGAGCCCCACCUGAGCCUCCUAAAGUUGGAGCAAAAUGUCGAGGCGUUCGCUGCUUACCAGGAACGGACCUUCUCGCAGGCUGGGUUUGCCGCUCUGGCCUGGUGACGGGAGACACAGCAGUGAACUUGGGCUUUGUGCUGUCAAGAAGACUCGAGAAGGGGUUAGACCUGCUGCAGGAGAUGAAACCAGACCCAGCAAAGCCUGGGGCACGAACAGUUCUCAGGAUGGUCCCAUCUCGCAGCUGCUCCUGAACCUCCUUGCUGCUGUCACCUGGAUGAAGGUGGAGAACCUCAGUCUGCUUUCACCACAUCCCCACUCUGCCGGGAAGCCAGGCUUGGGAGAAAAUCACCGUCGCUUCCUUGCUCUUCUGUGGAUGUAACACCCUGGAGUCCUUUGUCACAAGCCUGGAGCUGUCCUCCAUCAGCUGGAAAGAAGAAUGUCCUCGCGUGUCUGACGAGGCGCUGUGGCUUGUCCCCCAGAUUCCCUGGCUUGACGAGUCCUUACUCAUCCGCUUGUUCAGAGCAGGGACUUCACGAGACCCCCUGCGAGCCCCACGAGGACAUUUCUCGGCUGGUGGCCCCGUGGAAGCAGGAGAGUGAGAGCUGUAGGUGACGGUGGGGCUCGUGGAGGUGUGCCUGCCGCAGGGCUGGGUGCUCAGCUCCUAUAGCAGAGUCCAGAGGCACCUGUACAAGAGCGAGGCGUGUCGGAAAACCUGAUGCCUCACCUCCGCCAAUGUGGAGGCGGAGGGAGGAGGGCCCAAAGACAUGUCCCUUCACGCUCGCAACAGCUGAAAACGGAGAAGGAAAAUCGCUAGAGCCUUUUUUACCAGCGCAGGAGGCCUCGCUGUCCCACUCUCACCUCGGAAGCCCUCCCAUACGCCAGUACUCUGGGGGGGUGGCAGUCCCGCACCCGCUGGGCGAUGAACAUCGCAAGGAGAAGAGGCUUUUACAGACAGGAGGUGAACAAAACCCUCUGGGAGCUGCCCAGGAGAUACACAUCCCUCCACCCGGUGGGGUCUGGAGCCUACGGCUCGGUGUGUUCAGCCAUAGACAAGAAGACAGGGGAGAAAGUGGCUAUCAAGAAGCUCUGCCGCCCGUUCCAGUCGGAGAUCUUUGCCAAGAGAGCAUACAGAGAGCUCAUGCUGUUGAAGCACAUGCAACACGAGAACGUCAUUGGGCUGCUUGAUGUCUUCACCUCCGCCACCUCCUACCAGGGAUUCCAGGACUUCUACCUGGUGAUGCCAUACAUGCGGACAGAUUUACAAAAGAUCAUGGGACAGGAAUUCAGUGAUGAAAAGAUCCAGUACCUGGUCUACCAAAUGCUGAAAGGGCUGAAGUAUAUUCAUUCAGCUGGCAUCAUCCACAGGGACCUGAAGCCCGGCAACCUGGCUGUGAAUGAAGACUGUCAGCUAAAGAUCUUGGAUUUUGGCUUGGCCAGACACACUGAUGCUGAAAUGACCGGCUACGUGGUUACGCGCUGGUACAGAGCCCCAGAAGUCAUUCUGAACUGGAUGCAUUACAACCAGACAGUGGAUAUCUGGUCUAUCGGCUGUAUCAUGGCAGAAAUGCUGACUGGAAAAACGCUGUUUAAAGGAAAAGACUACCUAGAUCAACUAACUCAGAUCCUGAAAGUAACGGGGCAUCCGGGAGAAGACUUUGUGGACAAGCUGGAGGACAAGGCGGCCAAGAGUUAUAUCAAGUCCCUUCCUAAAAUCCCCAAGAAGGAUUUGUCUGUGCUUUUCCCCAAAGCCAAUCCUCAGGCAGUGGACCUGCUUGACAAGAUGUUGCAGCUCGAUGUGGAAAAGCGCCUCACAGCGACAGAGGCGUUGGCUCACCCCUAUUUCGACCAGUUCCGAGAUGUUGAGGAGGAGACAGAAGCGCAACAGUCCUAUGAUGAUUCUCUGGAACACGAAAAGCUUUCGAUAGAUGAGUGGAGAAAGCAUAUUUACAAGGAGAUCUUGUCCUUCAGUCCCAUUGCACGGAAGGACUCAAAGAAGCGAAGUGGAAUGUCAUUAUAACAACCAGUGUGGCUGUGGCUGGGAUUCACUUCUCCUGGAAGAUGGAUUGGAUUUACUCCACGCUGCCUUGCUGGUGGCCGUCAUUUGGCCCGUGGGACUUCUCUGUGUGCCAACACAAGGAUGACACUGUG